AGGGAGGAGGGAGUUUCACUCAGCCUGUCAGAGUCUCUCAUGUCAUAUUUCUGCCCUCGGGAGCUGACCUCUGUCUCUGUGUCUGGAAAAUAAGCUGGAAAAACUAAAAUGGAAUAAGGGAAAAUUGCCCUCUGGAAAAGAGUCCAAACAACACACCUCCUUCUCCUCCUCCUCUUCCCUCUUCCUCCUCCUGCUCCUGCUGCACCACAGACAGGAGAACUGAAGAGGAGAAGGGAGAAUGAAAGACGUUUUUAAUUUGCUCCCACAGAACACAGUAAAAAGACGGCUGAAGCUUGUGUGCCGAAGUGAGGGCUGUGGAAGGACUGAGAAGAUUUAUGCAUUUAAUUGUACAGCCUGAACUAUUUUGGUUUUUCUUUAAGGGGAAAGAGCAGAGAGGAGGGGGAAAGGAGAGUAGAACGAGGAGUGGUGAGAUGAGAUGACUACAGGGACAGGAGUAAAGAAGAGAAGAGUUGAAGAAGAGGAAGCAGAAGGCUGGGAGCUAGGAUUAUGUUAUCAUUAAACUGGGGAAAGAUGAGGAACUGAUUUGACCUUUCCAGGAGAAUAUACUGAUCUCUCUCUGUCAUAAUAUGAGCACUCCAACACCCGGAAGCACAAACAUGGAGGUGGAGAUGGGACCCCAGGAGAUGGCAAUGCUUAGCAACCUUUUGGCUGCUUACACAUUCAUUGCAGACCAACCUGAGAGAACAGCUCUGGUGUUUCUCGGCGGUGUGUGUGUUGGCCUCCUGGUCACGCUGUGCGCCAUCGUCUUCCAGAUACACUGUCGAGCAGACUGCCACUAUGGCAACAGCAAUGACCUUCAAAAUCGCCAAAGGGUCAGACAUCAUCGUCGCCAGCACAUCUGUGCCCUCCCUCAGCCCAGUGACGGCAACCCAGACAGCGCUGCUGCUGUGAUUGUGGCCUCCGGAGCGACUGGGCACACUGGGGACUGUGAGCCAGAGGACUGGGAUGACACGUGUGAUCUGUCGGCACGGCGACGCAGGCGCUUCGAGAGAGCUCUGCUGAAUGCCACCAUGUUCACAUCUUCUGAGGAGCUGGACCGGGCGCAGCGACUUGAGGAGCGAGAACGGGUUCUCCGAGAGAUCUGGAUGAAUGGACAACCAGAUAUCAGCACAGUGACUCAAAGUCUCAACAGAUACUACUGAUGGAUAUCUAAAAAGACAGAUAAUUCAGACUAGGAGAAAUAAAACCGAACAAUGUGCAAGUAGACAGAUGGGUGACAGGCGCAGAAAACUGAACAUUAAAAAUAAACCAUUAAACUAUUUACACUGCAGCAGUGAGCCUCUGUACUAGGAGAUGACACUGGUUUGGUUGAGGGGCUGAACAAGAAGAGAAGACUCAAUUGAAUUUUUCAAAGACUGUUUACCAACAAAGCGAUUGUUUGUGGCUGAAACUCAAUAUAUUCUGGACUAUGUGACUGCUACCAUUAUUUGCUGGGAUAUUUUCACUUUUCUGUUUCUACCAGGCACUCUUCAGCAGUACAUGAAAAGCAACAGAGGGGAAUAACAAUCUCAAAGGCACAGUUUUAAUUUGUAUUGUAGUAGUGUUGCAAUUUUCUCAACUGACUUUUAUUGUCAGUGAACUUGCAAAAAACAAUUAGACGGGAAUGUCCUCUUCCAAACGAUCAUGGAAACUCCAUGGAAACAUGAUGAUAUACAUACUGGUGCUUUUACUACUACAUUCAUCUAGUUGCACACUGACUAACAUGGAACACGUAAAGCAGGAUUACCAGCUCUGUUGGGAAGCAACUAAGUGUUGCACCCCAUUAUGACAAUCCUCAUUCUGAGUUAUUGCAAAGAAUGACUAACUUUAAUUUUAAUGUUUUAUUAACUUUGUUUUCACAUAUUGAUUAAACUGCAGAAUUUAAGCCAUAAAA